AUGGCCCGGCAGGCAGUGUUGGUGGCCACCCUGCUGGUGCUGUGCUUGCUGCGCUUGCCGCCUGGCCUGGCAUGGUACAAACAGGCAGCUGGGCCCAGCUACUACUCAGUGGGCCGUGCUGCAGGGCUGCUAUCUGGCUUCCGCCGGGCUCCCUAUGCCAGGCGCUCUGAGCCCCCCGUGGCUGUCUUCCCCAGACUGCACCCUGGUCUGCGGAGCCUCACCAUGUGUGUGCAGGAUGUGAUCCCGAAUAUGCAGAGUUGCCAGCGGCUUCCUGACGGUCACCCCAUCUUCCAAUGCAAGGCAGAUGUCUUCCUGUCACUCCGCACCAAUGACUGUCGUAGCACCUGAUGCCUAGCCCUGGUCAUCGCUCGGCUCCCAUGGGUGCACCCCACUGUCCAGCUUGGGAACCCCCAGGCACCCCAUCUUCAAAUAAAUGGCUGGAUAAAUGAGAAGUGAGGCUGGUCUUUGAGUGAGGGCAAAGGCAGGGACCCCAUGUCUCCAAACCUGUACCUCAAACUCAAGAACUGACAGAUCCCGGCCUCCUGGGCCCUGUGGGGCUGCUUCUACUGAGGUCUCCUC